GUCCAGGUUCUGCCCGCCCCAGCCAGAAGCUUCCUCCUUGGACUGUGCACAGUUCCUGCAGGACUCUGGCCUCCAGGGCUGCCUGGCAUCUGGGGGUUUCUGUGGAGCUCAAGAUCUUCUGGCUGAAGCCCAGGCUCACCGGCGUCUUCAGGCCCCUCCAUGAAUGGGGCAAACCAAACCACCGUGGGGCCCUCAGAGCUCCCAGAGUCAUCAGCCGUGUCCCCUGGACCGGGCACUGGGGCCCGGGCAUGGCCUGUGCUGGUAGGGGUCGUGCUGGGGGCUGUGGUCCUCUCUCUCCUCAUUGCUCUUGCUGCCAAAUGCCACCUCUGCCGCAAAUACCGGGCCAGCUACCAGCACCGCCCGCUGCCCAGGACGGGGAAGGGGGUCUGCCCGGACGUGGGUGAAGAGGAGGACGACGGCUUCAUCGAGGACAAUUACAUUCAGCCCGGCGCUGGCGGGCUGGGGACUGAGGGCAGCAGGGACAACUUUUCCUUCUGAGCCCCAAUCUUUAGACCCCCUCCACCCCCCGCCCAUACCUGACAACUUAAGGAUAGUGGAUACUACACAGGGGCCACAAGCCUCAGGGAGAGAGGUAUCUAGGGCUCCAGGGCUAACCAGGGGUGGAGCAACCCUCCCCUGACACUAGCUACUAAAGUGACAAACCCUCUCUUGGUCAGUAACCCUCAAUGGCUCCCUGCUGUUCUCAGGACAACUACCAAGGGCCUGGCUAGGGAAAUAAGGCCUCUUUCAGCCUUUUGGUUCACUUUCCCAACCUCACUGCCUACUAAACGAAUUAUUUGUUAUUCCUCUUCUCCCACAUGGUGUUUCUCCAUGCCCUUUUUGCUCACACUCUCAACCCGGCCUACACUGCCCUUCUGUUCUCUCAAAUCCUC